UAGAGUCUCACAACAUGGCGCAGCUUUGGUAGUCCCCGUCUACGUACCGCUAAUGCACGAUGGCGGAUCCGAGUCCCAAAAACUAAAGUAGUGAUGCAGCCCGGUAGUUGGGCACUUAUACGCCCUGCAUCGCCCACUGCCAUAUUCCUAUACAUUCAAGUUGUCCACCGUGCUUUUCCCUCGGCGCAUGUGCAGGCGCAGAGCUGCCACAGAGCCCCGAGAACCAAUCUCUACGCGGCAGAGAUCUCCCCCGGGACGCGCUCUUGCAGCCUACGAAACGUCUGCUUGACGAGAUUUUCGGCAUCGACCCGUUGCCCGCAUAGAGGGCCCGGCUAACGCGGACAGACGAGCAAAAUCCCAGAGUUGGGAACGGGAAACCAGAGCAAGCGACUGAGACUCUACAGCAGCCAAAGCCUAAGCCUUCCACGCGGCCAUAUGCUUCGUUUCUCAAAGAAUUCAUUGACCCCGUCCAUCCGAACC